AUGAUGGACGAGUUGUAUCGACGUGAAGCGCCCAGUUCUGCCCGAUCCGAUCUGUACGAGAUGCGCUCCGUUCGAAUCAGUUCGCCUAGUCUUGCUGAUAUUGAAAUGCAGCCAGACAUGUUCUUCAAUGAGUUCACGCCUGUGAUGGGCAAAUUCGGUGCACCAAAAUGCCGUUGUACAUCGUCGCUGAUCUCCUUACUUGCAAUGUGUAUAGGUCUCGUCGUACUCACCAUUGGUCUCAGUCUGUUGAUCUUCUUCACCCAAGAAACACUAUUUUUACCUCCGGGUGGAGGAAUCACGUUUUCUGUGAUCGGGAUACUACUUCUGCUGAUUGGCUGUGUCUUCUGGACAUCAGAGUUUUUCUGUAAUGACUGCCUUACCGAUUGUUUUGUGAAGCUUCAAGAGGCACCUGUGAAGAAUGCGAUAAAGAGGCGAGAACAAACGAUUGAGAUCGGCUGCGAGUACUCGUAA